GGAGGAUAAGGGCGGCACUGCGAGAUCGGUUUCCUCGCUACUCAGCGGUUAGUGAGCAAUGGCCAGUCGUGCAUACCUCACAAACGCUCAGGCGACGGAGUGCCGAAGAAGCCAGGGAGGCCAAAGGGAGCGAAAGAUGCGAAGCCGCGAACUCGUCGAUCGAAGCAGGAGAUCGCUGAGCAGAGGAACGCGGCAGCUGCUGGCCUCCCCAUGGAUUCCCGUGGCAAAGUCAUCAACGCGUUCGACCGCGGGAUGGGAGGCCCCAUGCGGGGCAGGCAGGGGCUGCCGGCCAUGGGCAUGGGGGGCCUCGUUGGCCCGGGCAUGGGAUAUCCUGGCCCUCCUAUUCCUCCCGGCGCCUUCGGCGAUGGAAGAUUAUCAGCGGCUUCCUGGGCUGGACACGAUCCGAAGAUGAUGCAGCAGUGGGAAGCACAAGGCGGCAACGCGCAGGCCUUCCAGCGGUUGAGUCAAGGUGGAGGUCUGGACCCAGCAGCAUGGGAAGCGCAAGGCUACCCCGGGGGUCAUAUGGGCCCCAUCCCUGGACACCCCGGCGGGUAUGCGGCAGGGUGGUGGCAUGGGCAACUUCAUCACUACCCCAUGCCUGGCAUGCCUCACAUGCCCGGGAUGAUGCCGGGGAUGGGCGAGGGGAUGGUGUGGCCGGGAAUGGCAGCUGCUCCUCCCCCAGGAGCAGCUGAGGCCGGCAACAUGCCCAAUGCAGGACCAGAAGGCAUGGGGCCCUGGCAGGGAAUGGGAGGAUGGGUUUCAAACAAGCAAAAGCGCUCGUCCCGCGGUCAGCCAGAGAUGAACUCGUUUACCAACGUUCCCCCUUGAAACUGUUUGUAGAAGAACCUGAUAAAUCAUGCUAUAUCUUAAUCGUAAGCUAGAGAUAUUUUUUGUAAUUUGUAUCGUGAAGCUUCAUGGUAAUCGCCUUUAAUAAAAGUUGUGGAU